GGCUCGGCCGCCGCCGCUGCCGCAGCAGCAGCAGCAGCAGCAGCAGCAGCAGCGCGUGUUUGUUAACACCAGCCCCGCGGCUCUUUCAACAGCAUCUGCUGUGCCGGCAUCUCGUCGACAUGUGCGGUGCAGAUGAAGCCUCUCUUGUCCCUCCCGUCCAAGGCGAUGCCACUCGUCGCCAUGCAAAGCCUUGACAACGCCCAAGACGUGACCGUCUGCCGAAACUGCCUCGGCUUCGCCGGCGACGUUAUCUCGCAGCUCGAUAAUUUGACGGGGCUCAAUCGACCUGAGUGCCUCGCACGACACAAGGCUCGCCAACGGUGUUCGAAGUCCAACGGCUACGACGAUCAGACUGCGCCAGCGCACGAGCUAUCGGGGUUGUACGAGUGUCUUGGGGGCUGCGGUGAAGUGUACUGCUCGCCCCGCUGCAGAUCGGAGCACUGGGAACGGUGUCACCGCCUCCUUUGCGUCGGCCCCGUGCCGGACGAGGAGGCACAAAGCCACCCGCUUGUUGAGUUUCGGAUACACGCGAUGCAAACGAACGAAAUAUUUCUCCUGGUGGGAGAGGUGAUGGCGCAGAUCGCGACCGCGUUUACCGAGAAGGUGCGGGAGAAGCCCGGCGCCGACGGCAGCGGCGGAGAUCUCGACGUUGACGACGAAAUUUCCGCCGCCCGUGCCCCUUUCGCGGACUUCGUUCAAGAGCCCUGGUGGGACGUUGCCGUCGCUAGGGACGGCCGGGACAAAACAGAUGGGUCAUCGCCGCCACCCUGCACACCCGACGACGGCUGUAACGGUGACGAAAACGUCUGCGCCGCCGCCGCCGCUCUCCCGGGCACCCUGCGAGCCCUGUGUGGAGAGUCAUCGGCGCUGCUGCGCAGGGCCUUCGCCCGUUCCGUGGGACCCCUGCCGGCACCCCUGGAGCAGGCCCUCACGGCCGAGAUGUUCGGCAGGGUGGUCGGCAUGUUCGAGCAGAACAACGUCGGCAUCCGCGCGCCGUCCCCGAUCCCAGAGGUGCUUCGGGAACUGCUCUCUGCGUCGAGCGAGGGUGAUAGUGAUGAUGCUACGAGAGGAAUCUCGCGGGAGGUGCUGGGGGAGGUAGCGCAGCUGGUGGGCGAAGUGAUGGACGACGAGUAUGAGGAAGAGGAGGGGGAGGAUGAGGAUGAGGGUGAUCUACCGAUGAUCUGUCGCGUGUCGCCCAGAACAUUUGUUGCUGGAGAUGAUGCGUUAGAAGGGUCAGGGAUGGGCCCAGGGGAGGCCGAGACGAUACUCAAGGUUGCGAUGGACGGUGGCGGUGAGGAGGGGGAGGAGGUCGUGUCGUUGUUCCCCCCACUCGACGGCACCGCCCUGUACCCCCUCAUCUGUUGCAUGAACCACUCGUGUCGGCCCAACUGCCUCGUGCGCUACCCGGGGAGAAGGCGAGAAAAGAAGGCUACGGCGGACCCUGAAAAGGCGGCGGGUGCGGGUGCCGGGAGCGCUGAUCCCCUGGUUGCGCAACUGGUGCUUUUGGAAGACGUGCCCGCCGGGGAGGAGCUGACACAGAGCUACGUCACCAGAGAAAUGGGUCUUGUCGAGAGAAGGGAGGCACUAGAGGAUUACGGUUUCUUUUGCACGUGCCCCCGCUGCUUGGAAGAGGAAGCCAUGGCGUCAUCGUGA